GCUAGUGGCGAGCGGAGGGGACCGGCGCAGCACCGUGCAGCGGCACUGCCGAGGAAGCGGCGAUGGCCGAUUACUGGAAAUCUCAGCCAAAAAAAUUCUGCGAUUACUGCAAGUGCUGGAUAGCAGACAACAGACCUAGCAUUGAUUUUCAUGAAAGAGGAAAAAAUCAUAAAGAAAAUGUGGCAAAAAGAAUUAGUGAGAUUAAAAAGAAAAGCUUGGAAAAAGCAAAAGAAGAAGAAAACAUGUCCAAAGAAUUUGCAGCAAUGGAGGAGGCUGCAAUGAAAGCAUAUCAAGAGGAUUUGAAAAGGCUUGGAAUUAAGCCAGAUGAAGUAGGUCCCAGUUCAACACAGAGUAAAACACAGAGUAACACAGAGGAGACUAAAGAAAAGAAAGAGAAGAAGGAAAAGAAGGAAAAGAAAGAAAAGAAAAAAAAGACACCUCAGGACACCUCAGUGCCAACAAAAACUGAAACAAAGGAAUGGGUGCAAGGACUUUCUCCUGAAGGCUAUACAUAUUACUACAAUACAAGAACAGGAGAAUCACAGUGGGAGAAACCUAAAGACUUCCAAGGCAACUCUCCAAACUCACAAACGGGAGCAGAGUGGGUAGAAGGUGCCACUGAGGAUGGUCAUACCUACUACUAUAACACACAAACAGGAGUAUCCACAUGGGAGAAACCAGAUGGUUUUGUUUCAUCUUCAAAUGAGAAGAGUCAACAUGACUCAUCUGAAUCAGACUCAGAAGGUAGUGGAAAUGAAGCACAGAGUUCAGAAACAAGUUUCAAGAGGAAAGGAGAUAAUGGCGAAGAAUCAGAGGAAGGGAAAAAAUCUACCAAAGCUAAAAAAUUAAGUCCUUAUGGGAAAUGGCAAGAAGUUAAGCCAGAAGAAACUGUUGAUAAAGAGAAGAGUACAUCAGCUUCCCCAGAAACUUCCAGUGAUGUGUCUAACGAGACCAAGCCUCUUGGAAAAUGGAGAGCAAUUAGUGAAAAAGAAGAUGAAGAACCAUGUGAAAAGGUGGACCUGGAGCUUCCUAGUACAGAAAGCGACACUCUGCCACCUCCAGUGCUUGAGAUUCCAGAAGAAGAAACAGUGAUAUUUCAAGAGAAGACUGUCACCUCCCUUGGAGACCCGACAGAAGGGAUGCCAACGUUUAAAAAGCGGAAAUUUGAAAAUGGAAAAUCUAGAAACUUGAGAACAAGACUAAGUGAUCAGUAGUAAUUAAAAACCAUUUUAGAUUCUGCUGAAGCUAGAGUGAAUCACAAGUUUAAUAUUUUAAACAAGCUUUUAUGAAGAAAAUAUUGGAUAGAAAUUAAGGAUUUAUAGGUAUUAAAAAUAAGUGAGUUGUAAUAUUUUUUUAUUUUAUUUUGAUGUGAUUGGUUUUGGAAUGGAAGUUUGUGUUGUGUGACUUAUGCAGUGUUGUAAAUAUGUUUUUUUUGUUUUUUUUUUUGGUUUUAACCAUGCCAUCCAUCUAAAUCUGCUUUGCUGUGUCUAUACUGUUAUAAGUACAUUGCAUAAGGUUUUUUACUCCUUUUCUAAGUAUGCAAGAAAGCAGGAAUCCUCAGUUUGGUAAAAAAGAUGCAGACCUUUUAUUUUUACAGAGGAAAUAGAUCAGUGGCAUGCACUAGAGAGUAAAAUAAUUCCCCAAGAUUGUUUAUGUGGAGUAGUUUCCCUGCUAAUGAGUAAAAAUAUUGUGCUUACUAACCUUUGGCUAAGCACUUGCAAAAGAGUAGGUGGUAAAGACUACCAGCAUUUCAAACAGAUCAUUUGAAAGCUGUUUUUUGAGGAGUUAGUCACAUCAGUGCCACCUCAUCCCACAUGACAGUCUGACAAAUUAUUUCUGUACUUGUAUGAUAAAUGUAUUAAACCUCUGCAGAAGAUUUAAACCUGAUGAAUUUUAACUUUUAAUAACAGCAAUAGAGCCAGCCCUGUUGGAAUAGAUAUUUUCAUGGUGUCUUCUUACAGUGUUUUACUUUAGUGUUGUCUCUGCUUAUAUUUUUUUCUUCUUUUUACACAUGAAGUUCUCUUGUUUUGGACUUGUUUUCUUGUUGUCUCUUUCACUGCAAAAAAACAGGGUUAUUUCCCUGAUAUUUUCAUGACCAAAGACCUGGCCCUGCUACAGCAUACAUCACUCUAUUUGAGGUUGUUGAGUUUCAUCUAGAGUUUGAUGAGUAUAUUGAAUAGUUGGCAAGCAUUUACUGAACUGAGAGGGGCUAAGGCUCCAUUGUCCUCAGUGCCAUGAGAGCCAAACAAAAGAUGGCUAUGUAGAUCUGAUGGCUGUACUAUCCAGGAUGGCUGGGGCAUUUCUUAAGGAUUGUAGUUUUGAUUUCUUCACAUGGUGGAUGGGUCUACAUUUAUCAUCAUCAAGAUUCGUUGGCUGUGUAAGAAUGUAGCUAUGCUCAUUGCUUCUCAAGGUAUCAAACAGUGGACCCUAGAGGGUCAAAUCAUUAAUCCAUUAAAAAACAUGUCUCUUAUUCCUAAAGCUCCGGAGAGUCUCAGUCGAAAACAGGGUGCUGUUAAGAGUUGUCAGAGUCCAGCUACAGCAAAAUGGAGUUUGUAACUGCUGAGCUCGAACUUCAUUGAAAAAACAUCUAUCAGUCUGUCAGAGCAGCAGAGAAAGGAGUGCAAGACACAGAAUCCAGUCUAUCAUGGAUUACAAAGGAAGCUGCAGUCCUUUUUUUUCUAUUCUGUGACAUUUUCUCUGUGUAGGAUAGAGCUAAGUGUUGUAUUUAAUCCCACAUGUUUCUUUGGCUUCAUGAGGGUAUUUCUUCUGGUAUUUGUUUUGACAACUUUGGAAGUUUCCUGUAAUACGUAGCCCUAGAUUGUCAUUUAGAGAUGCAGAAUGCAGGCUGGAUGCUCUCACAGUCAUAGAUGCAGGAAUAUACAAUGUAGUCCACGUGAAAGACCACAUAUGCAAGGCUAGCACAGUCAUGUUUCUUAAAAACUCAGAUUUUUCAGGUUUUUGUUCUUACUCCUACUUGAAUGCUACACUAGCAGCUAGGAGCCUGCUCUAUCUUGAAGCCUCUGUGUGUUUGUGACCAGUUUACACUAAUUUCCUCACAAUUUACACAAGUAGUGCCCUUCAGCUACAUAGUUUUUUUCCCUCUUGAAUCCACCACAUCUUUUUGGAGUCCUUGUGUGACAAAUCCUUCAGUGCUCCAGUAGCACUUCUCUUCAGCCAUUCCAGCCUGAGUUUGCCUACACUCUAUGUUCAAGGAAGAUUAAGGCCGUGUGUGAUGUCACUAAUACUUCCUUACCAUAUUGGAAGUAAGUCUUGAUGCAUUCCCUAAACCACAUUUGCCUUUCACAUGACUGCAUCAUGCUCUCUGCUGUGGGUGCCCUGUGAUUUAUCAUUACAACCAGCUCUUUCUACUCCUUUGCCAUUGCUAACUGCUGAGUUAACAGCUGACCCUGCUUUCCUUUCAAGCACAAUUUUUUUUUCUUGCAAAUCUGUUUUAUAGUGCUGUGUUCAUCCUGCUUCUCUUACUCCAAGCAUGAACUACAUGCAUUUCUUUAUGAUCUCUGUGAAAUGAUUUUGUUGUUCAUUAGUACAAUUCUGUACAGUAGUAGAGGGGUGUUGUAGGCUCCACUAUUAAUAUCCCCUGAAGACAAGAUCUUUCUGCUUUUUAGUGAGGUUCCCAAAAUACUAGCAUCUUUCCUUAAAAAUAUAUGAUCACAUUGAAGUAAGUGGUCACAGUGAUUUUAAAAUACCUGUAAAUAAAUUGCUCAAGCAGAUGUUUAGAAACAUCUGAAAAUAAAAAUGUUCAAAACUUACUUCUUUGAGGUGCUCCUGUUAGUUGUAACAUGAGCCCAAGGUCUGUGUUAAACAGAGAAGCCAAAAUGUUAGGAAAAAUAACUAAACAUUUUCUUUGUUCGCUGCUAGUUGCACUUGCUUUAGCUUAUGUGGCCUCUAAAGCCUGCAUUUCAUAAAGAAAUGCAGCACUUCACUCCCCACUACCUCUGAAAGUCAAUUUGAGCAGAGACUUUUAUUCUUUGUCCCUAAAGAUGAAUUAUAAUAAGGGCCAGUUGGAUCAAAUUUGAUGCAUCCAAAGAUACCAUUUAGUUUUGCACUGUGCUGUCAUUCAAUUUCCUCAUUGUAUAUCUAAACCAAAUACUUUCUGUGCAAAAAUACUGUCUCUUGUGAGAUUUAAGGCAGACACUGCUUUUCUAGGACAUCUGUUCUGCACAGAUCUUUCUCCCUUCUGUGCUAUCAUCCUGCAAAAUCUUCUGCCUUUGGAAUUUGCAAUAGGAAUCCUGUAGGUAUUACUCAUUUGCUAAUCCUUCCCUGGGCUACACUGGCUUUUGACAAAGGAAUGUUGCUUUUGCUGUUUCAGAAGAACAGUGUUUUCAGAAGAAGAGUCUUUUGUUUUCUGACUAAUCCAUUUUCUCUCAUGCAGCGCGUUUUCAUCUGCUUGCCUGCUUUUAUUUCAAGCUCCUUGGGCAAGAACUACAUCUGUGGUUUCAUAGGCUGCCAUAGACAUGAUUAGCAAUAUAAGGAGGGGGCAAUCAUUACAAUUUCUGAUGAUGGUUUCUUCUGGGUGGUUUUAAGCAAGUUCACUACUCUUUAUUUGUGUUUCCUUGCCUCGUCUUUCACCAGUCUUGUCUGUUUAGAAAGACAUCUGUGCAGUACAGGAUGCUUAUCUUGGGGGGCUGUGUUUUUCCAGCAGGGCCUGCCUGAAGUUUGAUGCUUUUGGAAGCAAACAUACUGCAUACACUGAAAAAGAAUAUUCUUUUGUGGGGCACUUGUUAUGCCAGGAGGUGUUCAAAGACCUGCUCAGUUUGACACACUAAUGUUAUAGAACAAUCCUUGCUGCUAUUUAAGCUAAGCCAAAUAUUAAUCCUUCCCCGGGAACUUGUAGAUGGAAAUCCAGACUUUCCUAACAAGGUGAAGUUUGCCUUUUGUUUGACCCUCAUGGACAAAAUCUGUGUUGCAGCAUCAUCCAGUUCCAGUGUUCAGCUUUUGAAGGUGGAAGGACUGGUCAUGCCAUGAGUCUGAGUUAAAUUCACUAACCUGGGCAUGUAUUAAAACAUUUAUCCCUUCCCUGCCCCUGAAAAAAGACAUUAUUUCAGUGCAGGUUUUGCAGGUUACUCAGAAAAGGAGUAAAAAACUAUUUCAUGCCUCUUGAUUUCCUGAUUUGCUUUUUGAGUUGUGCCUCCCUUUUUUAGUCCUUUUCGUAUUGCCGUCUUCCUCAAACCGUCUUCCUGCAGUAUUCCUAUAUAUGCAAAUCUACCUACCACCGUUGUGCCGUGUUUCUAGCCUCCACCUUCACCUUACCUCCUGCUCUACUGAGAUCAUCAGAAGGCUUCAUGUUGUCUUACGUAGGCCACCAUGACUCCAGAUCCCAGCUUAUGCCAAGCACUGCUGCUGCCUGUUUGCAUAGUGCCCUGAAAAAGUACCACCGUACCUAAGCUAUUUCUAGACUGCCUUCAUGUGCUCUUUUGAUUUCCUGGAUGAUUUAUUUUCCUGAGACAGAUUUCAUUCCAUUCCUCCUACAGGUUUUGUACCCCUUAAAUCUUCACAGUAGUUGAUACAAAAUCUGUCUGUACACCUGCUGUUUGUUGUGGAAGCCUCUUAGUUCUGGUUUGUCAGCCAUCUCUCUCCAAUCUCUCUUGUAUCUACCUCCUAAGUACUCUUAUUUUCUAUCUGCUUAAUUAUUUAACUUAAAAACUGUGUUAGUUGUUUGUGUGAUUAACAACCUUAGCUGUGUGAAGUGUUUCAGGAUAUAGCCUGAAUAAAAGUUCUGUACAAAGCAAGAGUGUGGCAAAUAAUAAUCUGAAGAAGGCUAAAUUUGCCCUUGAGGAUUCCCAGAAUGUGUCAGCAAAUGCAGGUUUGAUUUUACUUGUGAUGAGCCUAUGUUAAAAACCAGCAGACAGCAGUAUACAGACCACUGGCUGAAGCCAGUGGAUUUUCAUGUCUUGCUUAACUGAAGAUAACAAUGAUGAACAGUGGGGUGAUUGAAAGGUGCUUGGCUUAGUUUAGAAGCGUUGUCUGCAAAGUUAAAACAGCUGGUUUCUCUUUAACAGCUUCUCAGUUGAAAUUACAAAAUCUUGCAAGCUCUUGAAGUGGAGUUUAUAUGAAAAUACUGAAUAAAGCUUUCAUUUGAACAGUCUGUAUUACUGUUGUUCAUCUCUUCAAGGGUUUUAGGACAACCUGCUUGAUUUAUGGGUGCAU